AUGAUGCAGUGGAAGAUUUCCAACGAGCCUUCUGACUCCGAUCUGGAGAGAGAGGAGCAUGCGUAUCAACAGUUGUUGAUAGACCGUCCCGGCUUCUCGCGAGAAGCGUGGGAUAAUGGCAUGAAGGUGACCGGUGAUGUAAUAUUGAAGUUCCUCUUCGAAAGACGCAAGGAACCUCCAUGCGUUAGCCAGUCGUACUUCCGCUACCUGACCUGUCUGAACGCCUUCAAAAGGGCUAGGAAGAACCAGAAAUGGGAAUUCAACGAGGAAGAGCCGGAGACCCACGCCGAGCCUUUUAGCUUGGCAUAUAUGGAGUACUGGUACGAACGAACCUACGGGAACGGCGAUACCAAGGAAUCCGACGUGGUCGAGGGAGAGGCUGGCGAGAAGAAGACCGAGGCGGAAGCACGAGUGGUUCCAAAAGGCGUCGAGCCUACGGAUAUCGCUCCCCUGAUGUCUUGCUGGUGGUAUAUCGCGGACGGAGAAGAGGUCGAGGAAGGCGAAGAGCCUUUCCAGAUCACGAUCCCUGCCUCCCGAGAUAUCACUAAGGUCCUCGCCGGCCCCGACGAGCUGGAGCGCCACCUGGCUAAGCUGUCCGACGAGCUGUGCGGCAGUGAAGGCAUGGUGUUUUGUAGGGUCGGAGACAUUAUCCGCCCUACGACCCUCUUCACGCGCCUACGCGCAGACGUCGACGCCACUUCUCCGGGCGUACAGUGGCGUUUCUUACAAGCGUGGAACACUCUCUGCUUGGCCGCCGCAAAGGCAGUCAAGGAAGAUAUCAGCAUUAUGAACCUAGUAGCUGAUAUCCAAAAGUCGACCCUGCUAGUCCCCACGCAGGACUUUACUGGCUACGAGAAAUAUAAGGACGCUUUGGAUGGUGUGAACAAGGCGGAGGAGGAGAGCCGCCUUCAGAUCCUCCAGGCUAGCCGGGAGUCUGAGCGGAUGGCUCGCCUCUGCGCCGCUCACCACCGAGAGAUGGCCCGCUUGGCCGACGAAGUUUCGGCAAAGCUUCUCGACGGCGACAUCUCCAUCGAAGAGAAGUUUAGUAAAUUAGCUAGCUUCGUGGAGAAGGGCGACCCCGCCAUCCCUAUCAGCAGACCGUCCGCCCGCGCCCGCGUAGCCGAGCUGCGCUUGCUCCAGCUAGGCGCAGACCUCGUCCGCGAUAUAAUCAAGCCCGAGUCCGGAAACAGCGCCUCGCAGAAGACCGAACUGAUUCAAAAGUUCGUUUUCGAAGGUGACGACCGGCUCCCCUAUCUCACCGACAUUGUCGCUCGCCUACGAGUGGUCGAAGAAGUCUGGUCCCCGGCCGUUGAGGCCAAGAGUAAACGUGCCGUGAAGAGCUGCACGGCCGCUCUAGCUAAGAUUCGGGAGGAAGUGGAGAAGCUACGGGAAGAGCUACGACGAGGACCAACGCGUUUCGGAAAGUGA